AAUACUUAAUAGUAGCAGUAGACGAAGGAAGCUCCUCUCGUCUUCCUUGUUUCAUCUUUUUCUUCUUCAUUCCCACAGAAAAGAAGAGCCCAUCAAUGAUCAGUCGCAUUGAAAAAAUAAAUGCGUCUUUCUAGUAGCACUCUCUCUCACAACGGACGUCUACUCUGCUCCAGCCAGCAUCAACUUAGUCCUUUUCCUCAUCUUCACUUCUUUUAACAGCCCACGUUAACUAAUUCAUCCUCAUCGAUCUCUCAUAUUAACAACCCAAAUUUAAAAAAAAAAAGAAAAAAAGAAAAGAAAGAAGAAAUGGCGGACCAGUUCUCAAACUCAGUUGAGCUUGGUCUGAAGCUAUCCAAGAGAAUUUUCUACGGGAAAGAGAGUUCGGCACCGGCGCCUGCGGUAAUGGAGAGAAAGUCAGAGACUAAUUGGCCGCUCUUGCCUACGGGGCCGAUGGUUUAUGCAGUGAUAUCAGAGCCGUCAAUGGUGGAUAAUCCUGACAUACCCAGCUACCAGCCGUACGUUCAUGGCAGGUGCGAGCCCCCGGCGUUGAUUCCGCUGCACAUGCAUGGAGUGGCCAUGGAGGUUGACUGUUAUUUGGAUACUGCUUUUAUAACUGUCACCGGUACUUGGCGGCUGCAUUGUGUUUCUGCUAGUAAAAGCUGCGACUGCCGCAUCGCUGUCCCAAUGGGCGAAAAGGGUUCAAUUCUAGGUGUUCAAGUUGAAUGCCCUCUGAGAUCGUACUCUACACAAUUGACAACAUUGGAGGAAGACAGAGAAGCAGAUAAAGCUAAAGAUGGCUUCUUGUUGAAAGGCCACAUAUAUACUUUGAAGAUUCCUCAGGUUGAUGGAGGAUGUACGCUUUCAGUCAGGAUCAGUUGGUCCCAGAAAUUGUUGUGCCAAAAUAAUCAAUUGUGCCUCAAGAUACCGUUCACUUUUCCGCAGUACGUCACCCCUGUUGGGAAGAAGGUGUCUAAAAUUGAAAAGAUACUGUUGAAUGUGAACUCUGGUAUUGCGGUGGAGAUUUUCUGCAAUAGUUCUAGCCAUCCUUUAAAGCAAGUAAGUCGCCAAGCUGAAAAACUACAAUUUUCAUAUGAGAGGGAAGCUUCUAUGUGGUCAAUAAAUGACUUCAGUUUCAUAUACAGUGUUUCUUCAAAUGACAUAGUUGGUGGUGUGCUCUUGCAGUCACCUCCUCUGCAUGACUUUGACCAGAGAGACAUGUUUUGCUUUUAUCUGUACCCUGGAAAUACUAAUAACAGGAAGGUUUUCAGAAAGGAAGUCAUCUUUGUAGUUGACAUAAGUGCGAGCAUGAGAGGAGACCCUCUGGAUAAAGUCAAAGCUGCAGUGCUAACCGCACUGUCCAAGCUAAACCCAGCAGACAGUUUUAACAUUAUUGCUUUUAAUGGUCUUAGCUUAUUGUUUUCAUCGUCCAUGGAGCUGGCAACCAAGGAGGUGAUUGAAAAUGCUAGUCAAUGGAUUGCUAAUAAUGUUGUAGCAGAUGGCAGUACAAAUAUUUCACUUCCCCUAAGUCAGGCACUAAAGAUGAUGUCGAAAGCUGGCGAUUUGAUUUCUCUUAUAUUUCUCAUUACUGAUGGGAGUGUUGAAGAUGAGCGAGAUAUUUGUGCUAUCGUGAAACAUCAAGCCAUGGAGGGAGGCUUUAAUUCUCCUCGAAUUAACACAUUGGCAAUUGGUUCAUAUUGUAACCACUACUUCUUGCAAGUGCUUGCCGAAAUAGGGAGAGGUUAUUAUGAUGCUGCAUAUGACAUGGAUUCAAUUGACUUUCGGUUGGAAAGACUAUUUGAUCAAGCAUCAUCAGUCAUUCUUGCAGAUUUAACCAUUGAUUGUCUUGAACAGCUUGAUUCACUUGAGUUAUAUCCGUUUCAGCUGCCAGACCUGUUGUCCGAAAGUCCAUUACUUGUGUCAGGCAGAUACACUGGGAAAUUUCCUGACUCUGUAAAAUUUCGUGGUACAUUGGCUGAUUUGGAAAAUUAUGUUAUUGAUGCAAAGGUGCAGAAAGCAAAGGAUUUCCCGAUGGAAAGAAUGUUCGCAAAGGGUCAAAUUGAUGCACUGACAGCUAAUGCGUGGCUAUCAGAAGAUAAACAACUAGAGGAGAAGGUUGAGAGAAUGAGCUUGCAGAUGGGCGUGCCUUCAGAGUACACCAACUUGGUUUUGGUAGAGACCAAGAAGGAGAAGCAGCUAAGUGAAUCAAGUGGCAAGAAAAUAAUAGUCCUGCGUAGAGGGGGGGCUGGCUUUGGUAGCUUGAAGGCCACUGCAGAGAAUCUUCCACCAGAAACAGCAGAACCUAAAUUGCAUGAAACUUCAGAAAUGAUAACGAAAGCUGCUAGAAAUUUGUGCGGCAGAAUGCUAGAUUGCUGUUGUUGCAUGUGUUUCAUUCAGUUCUGUAGCCGGCUUAAUGACCAGUGUGCAGUGGUUUUGACGCAGCUAUGCACUGCGCUUGCUUGUUUCGGGUGCAUGAAUUUUUGUUGUGAGGUCUGUUUUUCUUGUGACUUCUGCGGUUAAGAAGCCCCGCAAGAAUGUAUAGCUACCCUUCUUUCAGUGUACACUUUAAUGAAGGGUUUUGUGUGUAUAUAACUAUAUAUAUAUAUACGCAUAGAUACAUGCCUAGACUGAAGACGUUUCGGUUUCUAUAAUGUUCUAUUCGUUGAUCAUCAUCAUCAUCA